CUCUGCUCUCCUGCGGCCAUGGGCCAAGGUUGGGCUACUCCAGGACUGCCCAGCUUCCUCUUCCUGCUACUCUUCUGCGGGCACCCUCUAUUGGUCCUGAGUCAGGUGACCACUGACCACGUGACAGCCAACCAGGAGAUAACAAACCAGGCAACAACCAGAAGCCAGACAACAUCUCACCAAGCAACAAUCAGCCAGACAACCCAGUUCCCAAGUGGGACUCCUGGAAGGGAGCAGGGCCGUGAGGGGGCAAGGAGCCAGGGACCAGCAGGAGGGAACUCCAAUGAGACCACACCUUGUGAUAAGGAAGACAAGGCCUGUCUGUUUUCCUCCUCACCUCCUACAGACCUAGAGACUGAUGAAGCCAAGGCUGGCAGGUUCGUGGAGGAGUAUGACCGGACAGCCCAGGUGUUGUGGAACGAGUACGCAGAGGCCAACUGGCAAUAUAACACCAACAUCACCAUAGAGGGCAGCAAGAUUCUGCUUCAGAAAAACAAGGAAGUGUCCAACCACACCCUGAAAUAUGGCACCUGGGCCAAGAUGUUCGAUGUGAGCAACUUUCAAAACCCCACCAUCAAGCGGAUCAUAAAGAAGGUUCAGAACAUGGACCGGGCAGUCCUGCCUCCCCAGGAGUUAGAAGAGUACAACCAGAUCCUGCUAGACAUGGAGACAACUUACAGCAUAGCCAACGUUUGCUACACAAAUGGCACUUGUCUGCCAUUGGAGCCUGAUCUGACAAAUAUAAUGGCCACAUCCCGGAAAUAUGAUGAGUUGCUAUGGGCGUGGAAGAGUUGGCGAGACAAGGUGGGGAGAGCCAUCCUUCCCGUUUUCCCAAAGUACGUGGAAUUCUCCAACAAGAUAGCCAAGCUUAACGGCUACGCUGAUGGAGGGGACACAUGGAGAGCCUUAUACGAGUCUGACAACUUGGAGCAAGAACUGGAAAAGCUGUACCAGGAGCUGCAGCCACUCUACCUGAACCUGCAUGCCUACGUGCGCCGUUCCCUGCACCGCCAUUAUGGAGCCGAGUACAUCAACCUGGAUGGUCCCAUUCCUGCCCACCUGCUAGGGAACAUGUGGGCACAGACCUGGUCCAACAUCUAUGAUUUGGUGGCGCCCUUCCCUUCUGCUCCCAAUUUAGAUGCCACGGAGGCCAUGAUAAAGCAGGGAUGGACACCCAGAAGGAUAUUUAAGGAAGCUGACAAUUUCUUUACCUCCCUGGGGCUGUUACCUGUGCCCGAUGAGUUCUGGAACAAGUCCAUGUUAGAGAAGCCAACCGAUGGAAGGGAGGUGGUGUGCCAUGCCUCAGCCUGGGAUUUCUACAAUGGCAAGGACUUCAGGAUCAAGCAGUGUACCUCUGUGAACAUGGAGGACUUGGUGGUAGCCCAUCACGAAAUGGGCCACAUCCAGUAUUUCAUGCAGUACAAAGACUUACCUGUGACCUUUCGGGAGGGUGCCAACCCCGGCUUUCAUGAGGCUAUCGGAGAUGUUCUAGCUCUGUCGGUGUCUACCCCAAAGCAUCUCCACAGUCUCAACCUGCUCAGCAGUGAAGGCAGCGGCUACGAGUAUGACAUCAACUUUCUAAUGAAGAUGGCCCUCGACAAGAUCGCCUUUAUCCCCUUCAGCUACCUCAUUGACCAGUGGCGCUGGAGGGUCUUUGAUGGAAGUAUCACCAAGGAGAACUACAACCAGGAGUGGUGGAGCCUCAGGCUGAAGUAUCAGGGUCUCUGCCCUCCAGUGCCUAGAUCCCAAGGUGACUUUGACCCAGGGUCCAAGUUCCACGUUCCGGCAAAUGUGCCGUACAUCAGGUACUUCAUCAGCUUCAUCAUCCAGUUCCAGUUCCACGAGGCGCUGUGUCACGCAGCCGGGCACACGGGUCCACUGCACAAGUGCGACAUCUACCAAUCCAAGGAAGCAGGGAAGCUCCUGGCGGAUGCCAUGAAGCUGGGCUAUAGUAAGCCGUGGCCAGAGGCCAUGAAGCUGAUCACAGGCCAGCCUAACAUGUCAGCCUCCGCCAUGCUGAAUUACUUCAAGCCACUGACAGAAUGGCUCGUCACUGAGAACAGGAGACAUGGAGAGACACUGGGCUGGCCCGAGUACAACUGGACACCAAACACGGCUCGUGCAGAAGGCUCCCUCUCAGAGUCCAACCGCGUCAACUUCCUGGGCAUGUACCUGGAGCCGCAGCAGGCCCGUGUGGGGCAGUGGGUGCUGCUCUUCCUAGGCGUCGCCCUGCUGGUGGCCACCGUGGGUCUCGCUCAUCGACUCUACAACAUCCACAACCAUCACAGCCUCCGCCGGCCCCACCGUGGGCCCCAGUUUGGAUCUGAGGUGGAGCUCAGACACUCCUGAGAUGACUUUGCUGGCAAGGCCAGCAGAGGAGUGUCCCAUAAGAAACUGGAUGGGGGACAUGGUGUUUGAGUGGAACAUACCCUAGCUGAGCCUUCCUCCUUUGCUGUCCCCAUCCACUCUGCCCCCCAGGCCCAGCCCCCAUUCUCUAGAUACCCAGCAUCUAACAUGGACUUCCCUGCCUAGUCUCUGUGAAUACAAUUAAAGGUCCCCCCCCAACACCUGAGUCUGUGUCCCUUGUGGGAAGCCAGGGACAGGACCAGCUGCUUGCCUGUCUCCUGACAGUCCAGCAGGACCCUUUACUGGUUGCCUUCUCAGUCUUUCUCCAAGCAGGAACCUAAUCCCAAGUGCUCUGGACCCCAUCCCCCACAACCUUUCCCACCAGCCUUCCUAACCCACCAGCCCUGGUGAGGUGGCUUGUGUCCUGCUCACCCAUGCACUUGCCAGGGAGGAUCCUAGGAAACAGAAAGGAAGCAGGUACUGUGGGCUGCCUCCUGCUUUACAUGUGGAUACACUAUGGAUGGCUCAUCCUGCUCCACAGUGACCUCUGUGUGGGUGGGUGUCUCAGGGGGAAGGCCCUGGAUGCCCUGGAAGGGCCUGACUCACGAGCACGGACCAUGCCAAAGCCCUGCUGGUUCACAAGUAGACAGCCUGGGUUCCCUGAUGGAGCCACGCAGGCUCUGCCCAUGGGAAAGAGCAUUAACCGGUGACCACACAGUGGGUUCCCUGCUACAGCCCACCUCCUCAUCCCAGAACACAUCCCCUCAGCCUAAGCCAUCCUUUGGAAGGCUUACUUGGAUUUUGGGGGUGUUGCUUGAAGUAACUUUUUAAUCUACAUAUUUAUGUAGUAAAUUUGGGAAAUCUGAAUUAAAAGCCCAUGAUAGCAACAUCAAGAAAUAUAAGCACUGUUAGCA